AUGAAUGACACAGUAACUAUCCAGACCAGGGAGUUCAUGACCGACCAACUACUUCAGAGGAAACAAAUGGUCAUUGACAUCCUUCACCCCGGGAAGGCAACAGUACCUAAGACAGAAAUUCGGGAAAAACUAGACAAAAUGUACAAGAGCACACCGGAUGUCAUCUUUGAAUUUGGAUUCAGAACCCACUUUGGUGGUGGCAAGACGACUGGCUUCGGCAUGAUUUACGAUUCCUUGAAUUAUGCAAUGAAAAAUGAACCCAAACAUCGAUUCGCAAGACGCAAGAAUGGAUGA